GCAGUAACAGGUGAAUCACUCAUUCGUCAGGCUCCGAAAUGAGUAAUACCAACUGUAGCAUCAAUGAGAGGAUUGUUGACAUGGCCAUGCCCUGUCUCUACUUCCUGUUGUUUUUACCUGGUCUUUUGUUAAAUGGGAUGGCAGCCUGGAUCUCCCUGCGUCUGCCGGAAAAAUCCACAUUCACAGUGUACCUGAAGAAUCUGGUCGCUGCUGACCUCCUCAUGACUCUGUGCAUCCCGCUGAAGGCCACCAGUGACCUGCACAAGGCCCCAGUCUGGCUGAAGGCAUUCGCCUGCCGCUACUCAACGGUGCUUUUCUACUUUUCAAUGUACAUCAGCAUCCUGCUAAUGGGAGUCAUUAGCCUGGACCGCUAUCUCAAGAUUGUGAGGUCUUCCAGGAGAUUCUUCUGUCAGAACCUGACCUUUAGCAGAGUGUUGUCCACCUCUCUCUGGAUUAUGUUGUUCUGCGCAACUGGUCUGCCAACCAUGGUCCUCACAAACAGGCCACUCAUCAACAUAACCUCUGAGUACUGCAUGUCACAGAAGGGUGAUGCAGGGAAGAAACUCCAUAAGGGUGUGACUUACGGCUGCAUAGUGAUGUUCUGUGUGGUGUGCAUUCUGAUCAUAUUCUGCUAUAUCUGCAUCACAAGGACGAUUCUCCAGUCAUACAGAAACUCAAAGUGCAACAAGGAUGGCGUGUCACACAAAACCAAAGCACGAGUGUUCAUCAUUUUGGCUGUGUUCCUCAUCUGUUUCUUCCCGUACCAUGCCUUACGGAUUCCCUACACCCUGUUCCAGAUGGACAGGACAGACAGCUGCAAGGAGGCAGCACUAAGAGUCACUAAAAAGGUCCUCCUGUGGCUCUCAUCCACCAACAUCUGCCUGGACCCUCUCAUCUACUUUUUCCUCUGCAGGUCCUUCAGAGAGAAAGUGCUUGAAACAUGGAUAUGUAGAACUCUUUCUCCUGUGUUUGUCUCAAGCAGUAAUGAGACCUCACUGUAG